AUGGCUUCUAAAAAAAAAAGUACUCAAGAAAUAAAUAUCAGAAAAAAUUCUCAAUCAUCUAACGAAUAUGAUAAAACUAAAGUUAUUUACAAAAAUAUUAAUUCUGAAACAAAUUUUGAAAUUAACAUCAAUAAUUAUUAUAAUAAUGAAGAAAAUUAUAUUAUUUGGAGUUGUAUCGGUUGGAUUAAUGUUAAAAAAAAUGUAGAAAAUAAAUUUGAAAUAUCUAAAUCUAUUGAUAUUAAAAUAGUUAUAUUUAAUUAUAACAAUGUAAAAGAAUUAGAAAAUACUAAUUUUGAAAAAGCGUUAGAAUCUUUUGAAGAUAAUAAUGAUCUAUAUUUUGAUAAUUUAUAA